AAAAAAGAACACCAUUUUGACAUUGUAGUGGUGUUUUUAUAGAAAUCCAUGAGAAAUCCUUAAAAUUAAGCUCGUGAAAAUUGGAAAAGUGCAUAAAUUAUGUCAAAUUGAUUAUUUGGCGAACAACGCAUCUAGUUCAGGAUUUAAUUACUUGCAAGGCAAUAUCGACAAGUGGAGAGUAACUGAUAGCAUUUUGCUAAUGGACGCGUAGAAGAUUCAGAUUAUAUAGGAGCAAAGACUACCUGAACUGCUACUAGGAUCUGCCCAAAAUAAAUCAACACAAUGAACGUGGAUCUAAAGCAGACAUUUGCGCGGAUUAAGCCAGUGUGCGAUGUAGUGAUGAUGUGCCCCAACGCGGACUCCAUCGCGCAGUUCACCGGCCGCGUCGGCGAGCUGAAGAGCGAGGCGGUACAGGAGCUGCAGCAGUACCUCCUGUUCCCAUUCAUCACCCAUAUAAAGUCUACUGAAAUUGAGAAAAAAUAUGAGCUCCAGUGGAGGAUAAUAGAUGCCAUCCGAGUGGUGCUGGAAAAAGUAACCGUGAUCAGCUUCGAGAUGUGCAUUAAGAUAGAAACAGGGCUGCUCAGCCUGGUGUUCGACAACUCCAAGCCUGGCAUGAUUGCCGAUGUACCAGAAGAGCUAAAGCACUCUGUUAUGAAGUGCCUCACAGUGCUUAUGCUGCACAUCGACGACCGCGUCCGGAAGAAAAUGCUUCGCACGCAGGUGCCGCUUAUCGCGCAGGCCGUCUUCGUGUCCGUUCACCUUGCCAAGCUGGAGAGGCUCAGGGCACUGAGACUGGCAGCCAUCGACUCUGUAACAGCGCACACCGCCUGCCACCGCCAGCUGACGGACGCGUACCACAUAAAGGACAUACCGCUGGAGGCGCUGGUGGUGGACAUGCUGGCCAGCAUCCUGCCCGGCGUGCUGGCUGCGCUGCAGGACGUAGCCACCUGUCCUGACAACCCCGGACAUGCGGUGCAAGUGGCAGCAAUUGACGCGAUACACUGCAUACUGUGUCUCACGAUGAACGACAAAUACUUGCUCAAGCACUCGACCAUAACGGCCGAGGACUUCGCUAAGAUGGUCAUAGACAAGCGAAAACCUAACAAAGAAGUAAGCACGAAGGAAAAGAAUCCCAAGGAGAUAUCGAAACGUUCCGCGGAGUGGUUCGCGAUGGCGGGCGAGAAGCUGGUGCUGAUCAGCAAGAGUCUGUCGGAGCUGGUCACGGCCGACCACCCUAAAGUGCGCCGCGAACUCGGCGUGUACUGCGCCAGGCUGCUUACUGAGUGCCACCAAACAAUGCAGCCAUCCGUUUCCAUCGCACUCGACCUGUUACUCGCGCUCUCCGGCGACUCGCACCCCGAGGUGUCGGAGUACUGCUCGAGCGCGGUGCGCGCGCACUGCGGCCGCCACGUGGCCGACAGCCUGCGGGACAACUUCACGAGCACCGUCGCCGGCCUGCCCAGGGUGCUGAACAACGUCGAUUCCGCCCGCAAACUAACAGCGCUCAACAUGUUACACGGCUACAUCGAGGUGAUGAUGGACUCGGCCCAACCACAGACGCUGACCGCGGCCCUCAGUACCGAGCACGCGCUCCAGAGCUUCGUGUCCGCGCUGCUGGAGGCGGCCGCGCUGCACACCGACCUCGCGCUGCUCGCGCGCCACACCAGAGACGUGCCGACAAGAGCGCCGACAUCAUCGCCGUGGCUGAAGCUGCGGCACCUGGAGGGCGCGGGUGUCGCUCGGCUGUGGAGCGUGGCGCGGCUGCUGGGCGGCGCCGAGUGCGCCUCGCUGCUGCUCGACCGCCUCUCGCCGCACGAGGCCGAGAGCGCCGCGCUCGCCAACAUCCUCGCUUCAGCUCCAAACGCCCCAGCCGAAUUGGCGCAGCGCGUGCUCAGUGCGUACACUGAGGAAAGUGUGUGGUACCUGCCACUCGAGGUGGGCAGUGAAGAGGCGCCCACUACAGAAGAGACCCUCGACCCUUCCGUGUACGACCCCCACGCGUGGACCAAGGACAGCGUGCCAGGCCUGUACGAGGGCGCGACUGAAACGCGCUACACGGGCAUCAGCUACGCCGCGCCGCGCGCGCCGCGCCGCGCCGCCGGCGCCUGCGCCACGCUCGGCGAGGCGCAGCGCAACAUGGCGCUCGCCUGCACCCUCACCGAGGGCGUCGGCCUCAUGGCCAGGAGGCUCAUGGCCGACUUCCAGCCCUAUCUGCUCAAGACGCUCUGUCUGAUACUGGAGAGAGUUGGUAGUACGUACGAGAUGCUGCACCUAGCCGGCGUGAAGGCCAUAAGCGACAUCGCGACGGCGUGCGGCCACGACUCCGUGCCCGACCUCAUCCGCUGCAAUGCCGACUACUUCACGCACCAGAUCUCCGUCCGGCUAAAAAAGGCUUGGAACACCGAGUCAGCACUUCAAAUCCUGUCCGUGGUUAUGCAGUACAGUGACGCUAGUAUACUGGACUGUCUUUAUGGAAUAGUGGAAGACGUUCUAGUCCAAAGCUUGGAUAAAUAUCACGAAAAAAACUUACAAGCGUACCUUCAAGUGUUCCUGACAUUCAUUACCUGCAUCCGAAAAUGGUUUCCUGCGGAGGAUGAAUCAAAAACGGCAGAAAAAAAUAAAAGUGAAAAGGACCAAGAUUUUGACGUCUUGAAGGACCUGAUGGAAUAUCUGGCGCAUACUGAGGAGAUGGACAAGCUCAUGAAUAACGAGGAGGCGGAGACGACACAAAGCGCAGAAGAAAUGUAUAAAGAAGAUCAGAAAAUGAGAGAGGAAGGAAUUCUGGACUAUGAUGAUAAAGUUACCGAGGAAACCCCUCCCCUGCCGCGGCAUAUCGUCGUGACGCGAACUAUUCUGAAGAGGUGCCUCAACUUCCUUACGUCGAAGAAUAAAGAGGUGGCCAUCCUAGCGCUGCAGGUCCUAAACGAGGGUUUCCCGAUCCUGGUCCAGUACCCGGACGAGCUGCUGCCGCUGGCGCACGUGUGCUGGGCGCCGCUGGCCGCGCGCUGCGCCGCCGACGACGCCGUGGUGUUGCGCCGCGCGCUGGAGCUGCUGGUCACCAUGGCGGCGCUGGCUAAGGACUUCCUCAGACAACGGGCGGCUACGGACGUGUUACCUCACAUAUAUGUGUUCCUCCACAAGUCAGCGCGCGAGAGCCACCUGAAAGACGCGGGCGCCGCUUACCGCAGCUCUGCCUCAUUCCGGCUACAGGCGAGCGCGCUCAACGCACUCCGUACCCUGGCGUCAGACCUGGCGCUGGAGGCGGAGCGCCUUGAAGACGCCAUGGCGUGUGUCGACGACUACCUCAGCGGCAAGCAGCCCAGGCCUCUGCAGGAGCUUGCUGUGAAGUUCUUCAAAGCAAUGCUGGAGUACGACUACGGCGCGACCUGGUACCACCUGCGCGCGCUCGCCGACAACGAGGGCGUGCUGCACCCGCCCCACUCCAAGGCCAUAGACCUGGUGCCCGUCAUCGGCACCCCCUACACCCCGACCAACAAGGAUCUCGAGCGUAAUCUGGCGCUAGUGUUCGCGGGGCAACACCGCCACGGCUAGCACAUGCCAAGUCUGCGGAAAUGCAGACGCGGCAAACGAAAACUUGCACGGUAAACUGAUUCGGAUGGAUCAACUAAGGUGAGGUGGGGUAAGACUAUCUCCGGGACAAGACUAACACUAAACUUAUGGAAUCCUCAUACUGUUUUAUCUUGUCCCAUCUUACCUUACGUGAUAGAACACAUUACACACUUGAAAAUUUAAUGUGAUGAAGUGCUUUUACUUGGUGGAAUCUAGCCGUUAACAUUGAUGAUAACUGUAUAAGUAGGUAUGUAUAGUCAUUGAUCAACUGUGACAUCAUAAGUGUAUCGUUGAAAUUCGGCUAUCGGAGCUAAAUACGAACGGAUUCGAAUAAUACAUUAUUUUGAUACGUGGUGUUUCAAAUUGUAAAUUGAUCUUCCGCCUACUAUGAUUAGUAAAAUUUUCGGAAUAAACAUGACGUAAGUCCUUUAAGGCUAGUAGGCAUAGGUAAGUACAGCCAGCAAAAUAUAUAUAUAUUGAAUGUAAGUCCCAAUGUGAUGAAUUAUGGACAAAAAAUGGUGUAACCAUUUUGUAGAUUGUUUGCCAUUAUAAAUGUUCCCUUAUGUUGUUUAGGAUAUAUGUAGAUAGUAGGAAGUGCUCCCGGUACUGAGUUUGUAUGGCGAGAACCGGGAAUUCCCGGUUCCGGUACUGUAUUUGUAUAGAAAACCAGUACCGGGAGCACUCCCUAUUAGAUAGUUAUUUAGUCUGUAUUAUAACUGUGGAUAUAUGUUUUUUUA